CCCUUAUCUGCUGUAAACGCAGCAGCAGCAGCAACAGCUACAGUCCAUCUCUGCGCUAAACGCCACAGUGAGUCAGCUGGGCUGUGCGCAGGUCCGCUUUCCGAUGAAUAAAUGACAGAGAGAGAGAGAGAGAGGGAAAAAAAAGGAGAGAGACAGCCGGGGGAACCCUGCGUGAUCCGGGAUGUAACUCUGGAGAGUCUGGCGCGGAGCAGCCGAGGCACCGGAGCGAGCUCGUUGACGCAUAAUCCUACCCGCCCCGCUGGCACAGGGAGGAGGAGGAGGAGGAGGGGGGGAAUCUUAUUCUAAACUCAAAUCCUCCAGAAGAGAUUUACGGAGCUGCCGCUGCGGGUUCAACCUUGAAGAAGACGCAACAUUUCUCUCGUUUUUUCCCCCCCUCUCUCGCUCUCUCUCUCUCUACCACCUCCGCCUGUAAUGUGGUGACGAUCAGUCACUGUUUCACCAUCGUUUCCCUGGAUCCCUCAAGCAGAGGACCAAAUGCGCAGGGAUAACAAUUAGGCUGUUGAACCUCUAACCGGCGUCGACGCGCUCUCUGGAUUGUGGUUUCCGAGGCGUGGGCAGGACCGGCCCCGAACAUCCUACACAGAUCGCGCACCCGAUCCUCGCAGGUAGCGCGUUUGAUCUCGUUCGCACGCCGAGGGGGGAAACCGGGAGCCACGAUGACAGCCCCCCCGCUGGUCCCUCGGCUCGCCUGCUGACGGUACCGGGCAGGAUGGGCGCAGCUCUGCCGCUAUCAGGAUCUGGAACCAGCCGAUUGAUCAAUGGAGGAGGAGAGUGACACCCGGAAAAUCAACAACAGCUUCCUCCGCGACCAUAACUAUGCAACCGAAGCUGACAUUAUCUCGACGGUGGAGUUUAACUCGACGGGGGAGCUGUUGGCCACCGGGGAUAAAGGAGGAAGAGUGGUUGUCUUCCAGAGGGAGCAGGAGAGUAAGACACAACCCCAUCGUCGAGGGGAGUACAACGUUUACAGCACAUUCCAGAGUCACGAGCCCGAGUUCGACUACCUGAAGAGUUUGGAGAUCGAGGAGAAAAUCAACAAGAUCAAAUGGCUGCCUCAGCAGAAUGCCGCGUACUUUCUGCUCUCCACCAACGACAAGACCGUGAAGCUGUGGAAGAUAAGCGAACGGGACAAGCGUCCGGAAGGCUACAACCUGAAGGAUGAGGACGGACGGUUCCGGGACCCGUCCACCAUCACCUCGCUGCGGGUGCCCGUGCUGCAGCCGAUGGAUUUGAUGGUGGAGGCGACCGCCAGGCGCGUCUUCAGCAACGCACACACCUACCACAUCAACUCCAUUUCCGUCAACUCCGACCUGCAGACCUUCAUCUCCACGGACGACCUGCGGGUGAACCUGUGGAACCUGGAGAUCACGGACCGCAGCUUCAACAUCGUAGACAUUAAGCCAGCCAACAUGGAGGAGCUGACGGAAGUCAUCACCUCGGCAGAGUUUCAUCCCCAGCAGUGUCACACCUUCGCCUACAGCAGCAGCAAGGGCUCCAUACGGCUCUGCGACAUGAGACAGGCCGCCCUCUGCGACAAGCACUGCAAAUACUUCGAAGAGCCAGAGGAUCCGUCGACGCGCUCCUUCUUCUCAGAAAUCAUCUCAUCCAUCUCCGACGUGAAGUUCAGCCACAACGGGCGCUACCUGAUGACAAGGGACUACCUCACUGUCAAGGUGUGGGACCUCCAGAUGGAGAACAAACCCCUGGAAACCUACCAGGUUCACGACUACCUGCGGGGGAAACUGUGUUCCCUGUAUGAGAACGACUGCAUCUUCGACAAGUUCGAGUGCGUCUGGAACGGGUCGGACAGCGUCAUCAUGACCGGUUCCUACAACAACUUCUUCCGGAUGUUCGACCGCAACACCAAACGGGACGUCACGCUGGAGGCGUCGAGAGAGAACAGCAAACCCAGAGCUAUACUGAAGCCUCGCAAGGUGUGCGUGGGCGGCAAACGUCGCAAGGAUGAGAUCAGCGUGGACAGCCUCGACUUCAGCAAGAAGAUCCUCCACACGACGUGGCAUCCACAAGAGAACAUCAUCGCUGUAGCAGCCACCAACAACCUCUACAUCUUCCAGGACAAAGUGAACUAGAAAAAGAAGGCAGUCCGCCCACCCCCUGCCAGCCACUUAGUCUGGACCCACACCCGUGUGGGGGGGCUGUCGUCUCAAAUCCCCCCUCCCCACCGUCCUCCCCCCCAACUCUGCUUUAAGAGAGUCAAGUGUCCAGAGAAAUUGGACUCCGAAAGGGAUACAAUUCAAGGAGAGGGGAGGGGAAAAAAAUGACUUCAUUCCAAGAAAAUGACUUCUGAUUUAAUUUAUUGAGCCGCUCGGACAGCCGGAGGAAGCGUUUGGGUGCGGCACGGAGGAUCGCUGCUUGGACCGUGUUACGUAGCAGCCCUCUGGACCCUGAAGAAGCGGGCCGAUGGGGGCAGCAGAGACAGAACGGCAGCUCACAUGACGGUGGCUCGUCUUCAUGUAGCGUCGGUGCACCCACCCACCCCCCUAUUCAGCCCGCCGCGCAUGCGACGGACCCCGCGGCCUCUGACCGAGGCCAAGCGCUGGACGGCGGCGCAGGAAGAAGGCGAGACUGUUAACGCCCGACCCCCUACCCCCCAUUAGAAACGCCGGUCUCGCGUCUCGGAUGGGAACGAAGCCCCCCCCCCCCCCUCCAGACGCCGUGAUCCGAUUUGGUUUGUUUUUGUCUCGGUGGGUGAGUCUGUUUAGAAGCUGUGGUGCCUUCUUUUUGGUAUGUGGGGCUUUGAUGUAGUGGGCGCGGGAGGGAAGGGGGACGGGACUGUGUGAAUGUUUUAAAUUAAAUGUUAACUUAGGGAUUUUUUUUUUUUUUUGUCGUUGCUUUUACUUUCCAUCUCUUUCUUUACCAAUGAAAAUAAAGUAAUGAAGGAAAAAAAAAGGUUUCAUGAAGAUGUGGACAAAGUUCUGUAAGUAAUGACGAGGAGGAGAAGACAGUUUUUUUUUUUUUGUACAGAGGAACCACUGUGUGUUUAAUGUCAUCGGUUUCUCAGACAAAUGAAAAAGCCACAACGUUUUUCUUUGCAAAACUUUAGUUUUUUUCUUCAAAUAAAAAGUGCUGAAAAUGAUUUGUAGGCGACACGAUGGCGGCAAAGCGUGUGAUUUGAUAGGGACUCAAACUACGCCAUGUUGGCAUGACCAGCUCCUUCUGCAUGCGUUGGUUGGGAAUCUGCCGAAGCUGACUGAGCAGCCGGACCUCCACAGAUCAUUUGAAGCACCACGCCGCGGCUUUAAACCGCUUUUCUAUGAGGUCGUCCCGAUGCUUGUGCAUGUUUGUUGUCAGGGGGCGAAGACGGGCAACGGCGACCGGCAGCAGGUCGUCUCAAAAGAAAUCGGCUCCGGCUCCGAUUUUCGUGCGAAGCGGUCAAAGGCGCACCUGGACUCUGUGAAAUCAGGGAAUAUUUGUGUGUGAGUCUGUUAACAGUGAUAUCUUCUAAACCGCCCUCCUUUGUGACACUUCUAAUUGAAACGAACCAAUUUUUAUAGCUCAGAAUGUAUCAAAAUGCAAGGAAUUACCAUGCAGUCUUUAUGCUUACUGGACUUACUUUGAAUAAAAACAAACAAAAAACGAAUAAAGAUUUGCAAGCUCAAAUG